GUAUGGUUACAAAUUUUGCAUAUAGUAUGAGAGUGAUAUGGCAGCAUUGCUCUGCACUUUAUUUUUCUCUGAUUUAUUACUGUUUACAAAUACAUGCAUGUUCCUGAUUAAAAAAAGAUGACCUAUGCAGUAAAAGUCAUUAUAUAGACCUCUCUUACCCAGUGCAUUUAAUGCAGCCGGAUGUGGGUUUUCAGUGGAUUAAUACUAUGAGUUUAAUUGGCACAGUUUAGUCUGUCCCAAACUGGAAUAAUGAAAAACGUUUUUAGCAACACACACAAACCUUAUUCUUAGUCAGUUUAUUUUUUAUCUAGAUAGAUAGAUAGAUAGAUAGAUAGAUAGAUAGAUAGAUAGAUAGAUAGAUAGAUAGAUAGAUAGAUAGAUAGAUAGAUAAACAUUUUAUUUUAUUAUCGUAUCCUCUGUUCAUUUAUGCACUUUAUGUAAUUGGUCAUGUGAGUAAAUUUUUCUAAUUGUCCAUUGGUUGGCUCUCUGCAGCUUUUUCAUUUUUUUCAACUGACAAAAUUCACUAAAGCAGAGUUUCCCAGCCCAGCCCUCAGGGGCCAGCAGAUGUCCAUGCUCCUGUUACAAUUUGACCCCUGACACACAUGACCCAGGUACUCAUUUCAGCAGGAACCAACACAGCCAUGCUACGUCCUGCCGACAUUUCCACCUGGCCACACCACUUUCUACUGAGUUCCCGCCAACUGGCCUUGCGGCCCCACAAUACCAGGAAGUCCCACCCACUUUCCUACCUCAGGCCUUACAGCAGCAAUACCUCAUACAGCAGCAGCUACUGCAGCGCAGACGCACACAAGAUCGAGUUCCCAUCAACACACACCGGUUACGCCCAGGAUAUGAUUAUUCCCCGCCCAUGCACAUUCCUCAGCCAAUGACACAACAGCCCAGAUACUUGGCAGAGGGCACAGACUGGGAUCUGAGUGUGGAUGCUGGUUUGUCACAUCAGUACUCGCUGCAGCAGAUUCCACAGCCCUACCAGCACUACAUCGCCUCUCCUAGAAUGCACCACUUUCCACGGAAUACUUCGUCUACGCAAGUGGUUGUCCAUGAGGUAAGGAAUUAUCCAUAUCCCCAGCUGCACCUACUGGCUUUGCAGAGUUUAAGCCCCAGUCGACAUGCUUCUGCUGUACGAGAGAGUUAUGAGGAGCUGCUUCAGCUGGAGGAUCGGUUGGGUAGUGUGAGCCGAGGAGCCAUCCAGACCACCAUUGAGAGGUUUACUUUCCCUCACAAGUACAAGAAGAGGAAGCCGUUGGAGAUGAAGUUGUAUGAUGAUGAGGAGGAGUCUGACGUAGAUGAGAAAUGCACCAUCUGUCUCUCCAUGCUUGAGGAUGGCGAGGAUGUCAGACGAUUGCCCUGCAUGCACCUCUUCCAUCAGGUGUGUGUGGAUCAGUGGUUGGCCACCAGCAGGAAGUGUCCCAUAUGCAGAGUGGACAUCCAGACACAACUCACACCUGAGAGCUGAAACACGCCCAAACACUGACUCUUUUCACAUUUAUGAAUUCAAGCACAUAGACAUACAAAUUCAGCUCAAAUGAGCACAAGGACACACACAACCACAUCCUUGCAACAGUUUAUAGAGAUCUAUUCACAGACACAAAACCUGUUUGUAUUCAUGCUACCAAAAGCCUAAGUAUUGAUACACACACACACACACACACACACACACACACACACACACACACACACACACACGUACUCUCUCUACUGUACUUAGGGGCUUACAAUGCAUUCAGUUAAGCAUUAUACCUUACAUGUACAACAGUGACAUACACACAAUCCAUCAAGUCAGUAAAUGUCUCAUAUCUUAUCCUCACACUUCACUGAUUAUAAUGAGACUAUAUUACUGUUCUCUCUCAUACACACACAGGUUUAACAGUGGAUGGAUGAUAUAAAGAGUAAUCUGGUCCAUGUGUGUAUGAGUGUAUAAGUAGCAUCUGUGUGUGUGUAUGUGUAUAUGUGUGUGUGUGUGUUUUCAUAAUUCUAAAGCCAUGCCCCUAAUGGAAGAAUUUUUACAAGCUCUAGUCAGGGUCUGCAAGACUCUGAGCUUGCAGACAACACACACAUAUGCUUAACUGCUGCUUGAGAGCAGGUGUGUGUGCAUUUCUGUCAUGCUGCAGCUAUUUCAGUAGUGUGUACGUGAGAGACUACCUUGUGUGUGUGCUUCAGUGUGGAAGAUUAUAGGAACUAGUUAGCUGUGCACUAACAUUCUUAUAGAAAAGCCAAAAUUACACAUCAAAGCAACAAAGAAAUUAAAGCAAAAAAAUGAGAGACAUAACAGAAGCAUCUGCCAGAAUUUAUUUUAACAAGGGUGAGGCGGCAUCUCCAGUCCAGGAAGUUAGGAGACAAGGGAACAUUGUGUUUGGUGGGUGUGUAGAUAGGGGCAGGGCUCUCCAAUGUAGUAGCUGCAUGCCUCUGUGUUUGGGCAGUUGUGUGUACGCCUAAGUGUGUGUGUGUGUGUGUGUGUGUGUGUGUGUGUGUGUGUGUGUGUGCGUGUGCGUCUGCAUCUGUGGAGCAUAAAUCUGCAUGAGUGUAUAUUAGCCCCUUUAAGCUGUGAUGAUCUGUAACACUAGCAGACUGAUGUAGCGUGAGUAAGUGAGUGAGUGAGUAAAUGCGUGUGAAACCCUGCCAUGAUCUUUGACCCAAAAUGCCUACUGAAGAAGCACAUGUGAGCGUAGCUAAAGCGCCCAGCCUCUCUCUCUGGUGCUUUAUUGCCAUGGUUAAACUAUUUAUUAUUGGUAUUUAAACAUGCAGUGUUUUGGGGGGAGGGCAAGGGGUGGUGCAGUCGAGCUUGUACAUUAAACUGUGCGUGUGUGUGUUUUGUGCGUGACGGGUCUCCCCUCGUGGUCGCUAUGCUGGUCGCUAUGCUGGUUGCUAUGUUGGUUGCUAUGCUGUAUUGCUAGAACAACUGUUUUAGAAUGUGCUGUGAUGGAGGAGCAUCCACCAAUUGCAUGCAAGCAAACAAGGGGACGGAACAAGAACUGAGGAUUGUCAAGUGCUUUUAGUUUUAUAUGGCUUUCUCACUUUCUCACUUACAUUUAGGGAACAUGGUACUUUCAUUUGAAAGUUUAAAAUGUAAUGAUCUUGAAAAACGGGGCAACACGUUUCCAUGGUCUUCGGUUUGAUUCUGACCUUGUAUUACAGACUAUGUGGAGUGUGUACAUGCUCUCCCCCUGUUUACUUUGGGUUACUUAUGGGUUCCCUGGUGUCCUCCACUGUUACUUUCUGGCAGGCAGAUUGGCAAUGCCAUAUUGUUCCUAUGUGUGAAUGAGUGUGUGAAUGUGUUUGCUGGUGGCCAGCGAGGGACUGGUGCCCCAUGUAUUCCCAGGGUGUAUUCCCACCUUGUGCCAUGUGUCCCUGGGUUGUACAUUUUAUCCACUGACCAAGAUGUGUGUGUGUGUGUGUGUGUGUAUGUGUGUGUGUGUGUGUGUGUGUGUGUGUGUGUGUUGUUGUUGCAUAACAGAACAACCCAUACAAAAGCAGUGUUCAUCCAGAAACUCAAGCAUCUAAGCAUCUCACAUUGCUUAACCCAAACAGAUCUAUGAGAGAGAUGUUAUUUAUACCAUAUUACUUAGUCUAGACCAUCCCAUAUGGCUAUAACCGUAAUCCUUCUUCUUUUUUUUUAUUAUUCCUUUUUUUUUUUUUAAGUGCUUCCCAAAAACAGAAUUUUAUUUGCUGCCAAGAAAGUCUUCAUUUGAACUCUAUCCCUUCCUCUCUUGCUCCUUGUGUGCUGAUUGGUGGAUGUUGGCUCGUGUUGAUAGUUUACACAGGGUUUUGUCCGUUGAAAUGCCUUAAGUAUUUAACAAUCAUAAUUUAUUACUAACUGUAGAUAUUGUGGGUACAUAUUUAAUUUUGUAUAGUUUUUCUUUUUUAUUUGAACCAUAUUUUAUUUAUUUAGAGAAAACACAAAAAUGGAGUAAGACUCUUACCUCAUGUUUGAGUUGGUUUUGCAGGAAUGCUUUUUCGCAUGCGGGUGGUUGUGUUUGUGCGUGUUUCUUCCUUGGUGCUGUGACCUCACUGACAUUCCGCUUGCUGAUUGACCAUAUGCGGUGGCGGAGUGCAAGUGCUCUUGGUUUUUGAUUCACUGUCCUGUUUGCACUCUUAGUUUUCUCGGGGCCACCCUCUCACUGGCAUAUUUCCGACCACUCUGGCAAUAUCCAUUAUAUUUGCCUCUUAUUUUCUCUCUUUUUUGUCUCUUUUUUUCUCAAUCUAUUUUUUCUACCUGAUGUUUUGUUCUCAAAAUAACUCUAACUUUUGCAUUUCCUCUUUUUUUUAUUAUUACUUUAUUUUUUAUCUUUCUGCCUCACAUUCUUGCACUAUCUUUACUUGUCAAUGCUUAUCUUUUUUCCUACUUUAGAAACACCUUUUUCAUUGGCAUUUUGACAAGCCCUCUUUUUCUAUUUUUCUCUUUGUCUGUCUGCCAGAGGACAUCAGCAUUCUGUAGUGCAGGGUCAGGAUUAACAUUAAAAGCACAAAUGAUUUUUAAAAAACUGCAUGUUUUACUCAGGUUUGAAUAUAUUACACAACAGAAGUAGAAAUGUACAAGUAAAAUAAAAAAGCACAGAUAUUCUACUAAUAUUUCAGAGGAUUAAUGGAUUUUUUUUGUUGUUGUUUGUUAGUUUUUUUUUUUUUUUUGCUGCUGCUUGCAUUGAAUAAGAACAAAUUUCCAGAAGGUGCCAGUGACAGGGGUGCCACAUGCUGUCCAGCUGUGGGUGUUUUUAUUUUCACUAGAGGAUUUUCCAGCAGAAAUAAAA